GAACCAUUAUCACCUUUCAGCACUAAAUUAGAUAGGCAGUUAGCGCCUAUCACCCAACACCCCACCCUCUCCACACCAAAGGGAAAAACACUCUUCCUUUUCAUUAGAAAACUAACUUUCACCUUCAGAAAGAUGAAAAGACUCAGGCUCAUGAUUCUUUCGACACUAAUCGUAGUGUUGUUUCAUGUGUUUGUUGAUGCAGGCCAGAACCAGAAAAAGACUUACAUAAUUCACAUGGAUAAGUUCAACAUGCCUGCUGAUUUUGAUGAUCAUACCCAUUGGUAUGACUCAUCUUUGAAGUCAGUGUCCAAGAGUGCCAACAUGCUUUACACCUACAACAGUGUCAUCAAUGGCUACUCAACACAGCUAACAGCUGAUGAAGCCAAAUCACUAGAACAGCAACCAGGAGUUAUCUCGGUCCACGAGGAAGUGAAGUAUGAGCUUCACACCACUCGAUCCCCUACAUUUUUAGGACUUGAAGGACGCGAAAGUAGAUCAUUCUUUCUUCAGACUGAGACAAGGAGUGAUGUCAUUAUUGGUGUGCUGGACACAGGUGUUUGGCCUGAAUCAAAAAGUUUUGAUGACACUGGACUAGGUCCAGUCCCUACGAGCUGGAAGGGCACGUGUCAAACUGGCAAGAAUUUUGACGCAUCAAGCUGUAACCGGAAACUCAUUGGUGCGAGGUUUUUCUCACAAGGUUAUGAAGCAGCUUUCGGGGCAAUUGAUGAGACCACGGAAUCCAAGUCACCAAGGGACGAUGAUGGCCAUGGUACACACACUGCAACUACAGCAGCUGGCUCGGUUGUAACCGGAGCUAGCCUCUUUGGUUAUGCCGCCGGUACAGCACGGGGGAUGGCUUCACACGCAAGAGUGGCUGCAUACAAGGUAUGCUGGACCGGAGGAUGUUUUAGCAGCGACAUACUAGCAGGGCUGGACAAGGCCGUCAUAGAUGGUGUAAAUGUGCUCUCACUGUCCCUUGGUGGCACAAUUUCUGAUUAUUACAGGGACAUAGUUGCAAUUGGAGCAUUUUCUGCAGCUUCUCGAGGAAUCUUUGUCUCAUGUUCAGCGGGGAAUGGCGGUCCAAGCUCUGGGACCCUAUCCAACGUUGCACCAUGGAUAACUACUGUAGGUGCAGGAACUAUGGACCGUGAAUUUCCAGCAUAUAUUAGCAUUGGAAAUGGAAAAAAGCUCAAUGGAGUAUCACUUUAUAGUGGAAAGGCAUUGCCAAGUUCUGUGAUGCCACUAGUGUAUGCUGGAAAUGCCAGCCAAGCAUCAAAUGGAAAUUUAUGCACAAGUGGUAGUCUAAUUCCAGAAAAAGUUGCUGGGAAAAUUGUGGUAUGUGAUCGGGGGAUGAAUGCAAGGGCACAAAAGGGUUUGGUUGUGAAGGAUGCUGGAGGAAUAGGGAUGAUUUUGACAAACACCGACACUUAUGGAGACGAGUUGGUUGCUGAUGCACAUCUCAUACCUACAGCUGCAGUUGGUCAAACUGCUGGCGACUUGAUCAAACAGUACAUAGCUUCUAACAGUAAUCCAACUGCCACAAUUGCAUUUGGAGGUACCAAGUUGGGUGUUCAACCAUCGCCAGUUGUUGCAGCUUUUAGUUCCAGAGGGCCAAACCCAAUCACACCAGAUAUACUUAAACCUGAUUUGAUAGCACCAGGUGUCAAUAUUCUUGCUGGUUGGACAAGGAAAGUUGGACCAACUGGUUUGCAAGAAGACACCAGGAAUGUAGGUUUCAACAUCAUCUCUGGAACUUCCAUGUCAUGUCCCCAUGUAAGUGGGCUAGCAGCACUACUCAAAGCUGCCCAUCCAGAAUGGAGUCCAGCAGCUAUAAGGUCAGCACUGAUGACUACUAGUUACAGCAAAUACAAGAAUGGAAAAACAAUUGAUGAUGUCGCAACAGGAAUGUCAUCUACACCAUUUGAUUAUGGUGCUGGACAUGUGAAUCCAACAGCAGCUGUCAAUCCUGGUUUAGUGUAUGAUCUCACAGUCGAUGACUAUAUAAACUUCCUUUGUGCCUUGGACUACAGCGCGAGUAUGAUCAAGGUCAUUGCGAAGAGAGUCUGGUCCUGUGACAAAAAUAAGGAGUACAGAGUUGCUGAUCUUAAUUACCCAUCUUUUGCCAUUCCUUUGGAAACGGCCUGGAAUGAACAUGCAGAUGGUAGUGCACCCAAACCCACAGUGACCAGAUACACAAGGACUCUAACAAACGUGGGAAACCCAGCUACAUACAAGGCCUCGGUCUCUUCUGAAACACAGGAAGUGAAGAUUCUGGUUGAGCCACAAACACUUACUUUCAGUCGAAAGAACGAAAAGAAGACCUACACUGUGACAUUCACUGCUAGUUCCAAGCCAUCAGGCACAACUAGCUUUGCUCGACUAGAGUGGUCAGAUGGAGAACACGUUGUUGCUAGCCCGAUUGCUUUCAGCUGGACAUGAUUCUGCUAGUUCUAAGUCAUUCACUGCAAAUGUACAAGUGCUUAUAUUCCUUUAGUAUAAUUACUAGUGUGAAGCAGUUACUCCUCUAAUAUUCCACCAACUGAACAAUUACUCCUGACCUAUAAAUAAGAGGCCUAGGCAAUUCUAGACAAGGAAAAUGUUGGUUACUUUGUCCAGCAAAAGGCUGGUGCUGUAUUUGCCAGAUAUAAUUAUGUAACAAACCACACAAUACGAGUGGAUAUAAUUUGGCUUUC